AUGGGAAUUACCACGGAAGGGACCUGUGUAAACUGCAACAAUGAUAUGGAGACAAGAAACCAUCUCUUCUGCCGUUGUACUCUUGUUAUCCGCCUGUGGAAAUCCAUAUUGUCGCUUAAUGGCUUGAAGAAUGCAACCUCAUCAUGGGAUUAUAUGGUUACUCGGGCAUCUUCAACAUGGAAAGGGAAAUCCUUGCUCACAAUAAUCUUGAAGGUCGCUUGGACUAUCUAUGUCUACAUAUUAUGGGAGGAAAGGAAUUACAGAAUUUUCAAAGAUCGACACAGAUCAACCGAGGACUUGCUUAAGGUCAUUAUUGAAGUUGUACGAAUUCAACUAAAGGGUAGAAAUAUUAAUAGAGCUGAUAAAACAAAUUAUAAUCUUUGUAUUGCUUGGGGUUUAGCUUAA